AAUGAUCAUGGGACACAUUAUAUCAUAUAAUGCAGGUCAAUCAAGUGGAGUGUGUAUCUCUCCUGGUGGCCGUUUUCCUUCCUUUUCAUCCGAGGGGAAGCCUCCUGGAAAAGCAUCCAAAGGACCCAAAGACUUAACACUUUGUCGGGUCUUCCGCCGAAGUACAUGCUGUGAUGUUUCUCAGACUUAUCCUGCUCUUUUAUCAAUUCGAAGACUGGCAUCUAGUGGAGAAGCCAGCCAAGAGUGCUUGGAUUUAUGGGAGCUGUUGGAGUGCUCCAUUUGUGAUCCAAGGGUUGGUGUCCUUCCUGGACCCCCUCUGAUAUGUGCCUCUCUUUGUGAUAAGGUGCUAGAGGCUUGUGGAAAUGCAUACUUCUCAAUUGAUGCCAAAAAUCAGGUUUUGUCUCCUUGCGGAUUAAGUGACAUUCUCUGUGGUAGAUUAAAUGAAUGGGCUUCGAAUGGUACAGAGCUCUGUCACCUUUCAGGUUUCUCGGUAAAACAAGAUGGAAUUAGUUAUAAAGGUCCGGAUGAGCCGUUUUGUUAUGGUGGAAAAGAGAGCUUAGAAUCGAUUGCAGAUUCUUGGAAGAAUUCAAGAUAUGGUUCGCCGAAGGCUGAGAAGUUUAAUGUUGAUUUUCAGCAAUGGCUGAGGGAUAUGCCUAUCACUGAAAAGAUUUCUUGGGCAGUUGGAGGGAUGGUGCUAACUGCAGGAAUUUUGUUUAUAAGCAAAAGAAAGAGCCACAGCCGUCGUCAGAAGCAGGCAUUGAUGUACCGUGCAGCAGCUCGAAGGCUGGAGGCAAGUGUAAACCGACAGUCUUCUGGUGGGAGGAGAUAGAGGGAAUUCAUACAGAUGUUAUAUGUGCAUUAAACCUGUAUUCUACCAAUAAUCUGAUGCUGGAAUUUUGGGAGUAAUAGAUAUUCACGUCUUUGCUUAUUACGCCCAGAGUCUGCUUGUCAAAA